AUGGUGUCAAACGUCAUCAACUCAUCUUGGGUCAGGAACACAGAUCUGUCCGAUUUUACUACGGUUACCGAUGGUCAAGAAGAAGGCAAAGAAUAUAAUGGAACGGAUGUGGAUAGCUGGCCUUAUUUUCACCUACUGGGCUUUGAAUACUGGGUCAUUGUGGUGAUUAUCGUUUCCUUAGGCUUGCUCGGAAACGGCUUUUCCUUUUUAUUGAUGAGCGACGGCCAAUUUUCUCUCUUGUCCUACCCAAUUUAUUUAAAAGCACUAGCUGUAUCGGACAGCGCUCAACUGAUUACAAUGCUUGUUGAGGAGACUCAAAUGGCAUUUGGUUUCAACGAAGUCAGUAACUUCAGUGACGUCGUCUGCAAGUUGUGGCAAUACGUCAGAUACGGCACCAUGAUGCUAUCGCCAUGGUUGGUGGUUGGACUCAGUUUAGACAGGCUCGUCUGCGUUUUAUUCCCGAUGACACGUGACCGGUUCUGCACCAAGAAGAAGGCUUUGGUCGUUUGCUGCUGCCUCGCUCUGAUGUUUGCGGUGGUCAUGCUCCCAGUCCUGACCAGUCUUAGAGUGGAAGGGGGUCUGUGUGGUGGGAGUCGUGUGUCAGAUGCGCUGAUCGCUUUGUUCAUCGCCAUCCGCUUGAUUCUGUCAUCUACUCUCCCCUGCCUGCUCAUCGUCAUCCUCAACGUCGCCAUUAUAGACCGCAUUCGACGCAGCGCCACCUUCCGGAAGUCGUUCCCACCGAGUUCAAGAUCCGAUCGUAACAACCAAGACAGCUCGACGCGCCCUCUAGUGUUGGUCUCGGUCAUCGCAUUCCUCACUCUCCUGCCCUUCUCCAUCACAGAAUGCGUUCAGGUUCUGCUCAACUUAACCCAGAUUGAUCUAAAAGCUUUGCUUCUCACCAAAGAAAUAUGGCCGCUCUUUCAUCUCAUAUACAUGAUCAACUUCGGAAUCAAUUUCUUCAUCCUCAUGGCAAGUUCGGCCAAGUACCGAAACAUUUUCGCCACAAAAAUGAAAUGUCUGUAUUGCCAACAGAAAUAUCGACUGAAUUUGAGAUCAACUUCGCAAACAUCGACUAUUACUACGUCAUUCACUGACGAAGCCACCACCAGAACUGAAACUGAUAUGUGA